AUGGACAUAAUUAACCGACCAGAUUCACCUCAGGAUUCGUUACUUCGCAUUCUAGAUUAUACAGAGGUGAUAAAAAUAUUUAGAAUAAUAUUUCCGAUAUUAAACGAUGACGUGAUCGAAGCCGUGUUGAGCUGUAACAAGGGAGACGUUAUCCUAACAGUGGACCAGUUGUUAACGAUGAGUAGUGAAUUUCAGACCGAUUUGGCAAAGAGAGAUUUGAUGUCAUGCGAUGAUGAGAGCGGUUUGCUAGACGCCAAACCAUUUUAA